CAUGGAUUAUGAGAUGUGAUUAAGAUUCAGGAAUAACUUGAGAUUGUUUCAUCAAUCAUUGCAAUGGAUUUUAAGUUACUUAUUUUCACUAGAGAAUAGGAAAAAAUGGUUAAGAAUUGGAGAAUAUUUGAAGCUUCAUCAAACCACAGAUACAGACAUUUUCCUUAAAUUAAGCGGUUCUGAAAGAUUCGGAAAUCCUAGAUUGACAGAUUGGACGUAAGGGAAACUCCUAGGACUAUCUCCCAACGUACCCUGUAUAUGGGAAAUCUAUACAUAACAUUAAACAUAACCACAAUGUUUUUAAAAAUUUCCCCAAUACAAGAUAAAGGCGUAAAUUUCAUUAAUGCAGUAAUACUAGAUCUACAAACUCAUUACCCCAGCUCUUUACUAUGAGUUACACACAAUUACGAAACGAAGUUAUGCAUUAUUCCGCAUUAUGCUCCAUACAAACGUUAAAUUUGUUGAAACACUUGUUUGCAGACAGAGUUAAUUCGAUAAGAAGAUUGGAUAAUGUAUACAAUGUUGGAGACCUGCUUAACGCGCUGGAAAAGAGAAACAUUGUAGAUUUGCAAUGCUUAUCCGAAAUUUUAGGAGUUUUAAAUCCCCCCAACUCGCGACAACAAAAUUAUACACAACCAGCCGCAAACAAUAUAGAUUUAAAUCCUCAUAUCAGAAAUGUAACAAGAGAAACACUAACUGCAGAGCCAGAUGUUAGUAGACGUAAGGAAAUAUAUGAUAUAAUUUGCAGUGAGAUUGGUAUGAAAUGGAAGGAUUUUGCGAGGUCUCUCAAUUUCAGUGAGGCAAAUGUUCAAGAAGUAGAAGAAACAGAUAGAUUGUUCAGUGACAGGUUACGGAAAGUAUUAGCAUGUUAUGAAAACAUGCAUAAUGGUGCAAAUUGGAGUUGGACGCCUGUACUUGAUGCGCUUAGUAAAUGUAGAAGGAAUGAUUUGCGUAAACAAAUACAAACUAUGAUCUAAUUUUUAAUUACGGCAUUUAUUGCAAAUUAUGUACCUAUUACUAGAGACACUGGAACACUUGUGGUUCUGAAAGUAGCACAGUUUGAGAUGACUACCAAAAACCACAAAAUACUUAAAGUAUAAGCAAGUAAUUAGUUAUUAGUAGUAGUUAUAUACUCCGUUAAAUAAUUAUCGUCCUGGUAGGUAGCAAAACGUAUGGGACCUUUUCAUGCAGGUUUUUGUGGUUUUUUGGUGUUUGUUUCAGAUUGUGCUACAUAAUAUGUAAAAUUAUUUGGUUUGAGUGAAGAAUUAACAUGUGAUAAUUUAAUAUUAAAUAAAAUAGUUUCUCAAACUGGCA